UCUGUUGUUUGAAAUGUGUCUGAUCCAAUCACUUGUACUUAAACAGGAAGGAUAUGUUGUGUCUUCAGAUGGGGCUUAAACACUGACAUGUAAAUGAUUCAGUUGCCAGAAGCCAUGACACUAAAGCAACGCGUCAGUUAUUGUCAGAGGAUGUGUUUCAUUGCUUUUUGGAGUUCGAAACAGACAUAAAGUAAUGCCAUAUUGAAGAGAAGCAGAAGAGAGUGGUCGUAUCACAAGAAGACCUUAAACAUUAUAAAAUCUUCAAAACACAAACUCCCUUGUUCCUUCCCCCCCUACAGGAAGUUCAGAGGUCAUUCAACGGUCGAUGACACGUCUCUUUUCUCCAAAUAUCCAGAGAUGAAGCUAAAAUGUCCCGGAGACAAACGCUGCCAUCUUGCCCGCUUGGAGCCAGAGUCUGUUCAGCAGCGAUUUGAGGAUCAUGGAGCUGUGGUAUCAAGAUCCCACUGAUACAUGUGCUCGACCAUCACUGCAGUCGGAGAGUGAAAAGAAAUCCCAGAUUGAAAUUCUCAAGAUGGAGAUCAGCGGCUUGAGGGAGCUGAACGUUCAUCUGCAGCAGAACCUGCAGCUCAAAACAGCUCAGGAGAAGGAGCAGCUGUCAAAACUCAACGACCUUGAGAGAGAGCGAGACCAUUUGAAAGCUGAGGAGAUGGCUCGCAUUGAAAAAAUCCUAGCCGACUCUGCUCACUCACAGACACAAAUCCUCCAAAAGCUGGAGCAGCAGCUGAAGAAGCAGGGGGAGUUGGAAUCCAUGCAGCAACAAAUCAAGGAACACCACGAGUCUGAAAAGAAUAAACUGCUGGAGGAGCUGAGCAGAAUUCAGUCGGCUGUGUGCGGAGAGCAGGAGCGAAGCCAGCAGCUGCAGCAGGAGAUGGGACGGAAGCUGCAGGAGAAGCAGAAAACCAUCAAGGCUCAGAGGGAGCAGCUGCAGGGAUACAGAGACCAGAAUGGCAACAUGGAUAAAAGGAACUUCAAGAAAGAUAAGAAAAUCACUGUUCUGGACAAAGAGGUGGAGCAGAAGUUUGCAGAGAGAACAGCAAAGAGACCAGCAGGGGGCGUCAGCAUUUUGAGAGAGAGGAUAGACAAGCAGGUCUGACUGAAGCCGGGACAGGAAGCACCUUGAAGAGCAGCCUGUUCUCCCUCGGCGACUUCAGCGACCCUGAGGAAACGAGCAAUAAACCCAGUCGACACUACAGCUGAUCAGGUGACGCUCCG